AUGCAGAACUUGCAAGGAAAUGUAAAAACAGUUGCCACGAAACGUCUUCUGAAAACGUGGGAAUGGCAAAAGCAGACCAUUGGCACCUUCAGGCUCUACAUUCUGGUGAUGGUGCUGCAACCUCAACAAGUUCUCAUGCAUACAAAGAAAACGGACUUUGGUGCUCGACACUGGGAUGGCUUUGGGGGCAAACUGCAGGAAGAAGACACCAUUAAGGACAGCGCUAAGAGGGAGCUGCAGGAAGACAGUGUACUUACAGUGGAUGCAAUGCACAAGGUGAGCCACAUCUUAUUUUAGUUUGUGGGUUCCACCAAGCUGAUGGAUGUAAAUACCUUCUCUAUUGUCCAUGUGCAUGGGAUGCCCACAGAGAGUGACAAAAUGCACCCUCAGCGGUUCCAACUGGACUAGAUUCCCUUUGCAGACAUGUGGCUUGAUAUCAGCUACUGGUAGAAGAAGAAGUUCUGUGGAUACUUCAAAUUCCAGGAUCAGAACACAAUCCUCGACUACUCACUGCAUGAGGUGGAUGACUUCUAUUACAGAGGUCUGACCGGUUAUGGCCACACUCACAAUGACACAAGCUGUCAGGCCGAGGGUACCUAA